AUGUCGAAUCUGUCGCCAACUCCAACACCAAAAGGCCCUCGGAACAACCGGCGUAACCCAAAACGAAAUGCGACACCGACUACACAAAGGGCUACUCUGCUAACGACUCCUCCCUCGUCGCCUCCGAGGAAUAUGAGCCCAGGAGGAACAGCUACUGAUUCCUCUGCCAAUCUAUCUAAGAAGAAAGGUGCCCGAUCUAACAAGAAGCCACGAGAUCUAUCUAAGGUUUCGCCGGCGCAAAGGACCGGCCACCGCCGCACAUCUUCAUAUUCUAACAAUAUCACCACGCCUCAGCUAAAAGAUAGCCCUCACUAUGCCGGCCCGACGUUCCAUGCCUCCCCAGCUCCCUCUUCCCUUCCAAUCCCAAGCUUUUUCUCGAAGUCAAUACCGGAUCCCGAUCUUGCCCCGGCAAUAGAAGCAGAUGGCGAUAAAUACGAAGUUGGGCCGGAAUAUGAGGCCACGCCCUCAAAGCUGAGGCCACGCCCACAGUUCCAAACUGAAGAACCGCAGCCAACACCCUUGGAUUUCCUUUUUAAAGCUGCAGUUGAAGCUAGGAACUCUCAGCCCCAGUGUAGUCCCGAGGCAAGCAUCAGGAUUCGCUCCCCACACACGGACUCCAAGUCCCUGCCGCAACGCAAGCCCAAUUGCUCUACAGAAGGGUCAUUGCCAUUGGAGGUAGACUAUCCGGCGCCUCAUAAGUCGCAGAUAGGACCCUCAUUUGCUGCAUCCUACAAAGAUCGCAUGAAUGCAUUGCGAUCUGCCAGUCCUCCCUCUCACUCUGUGGUAGAACUUGAUGAGGAGCAGCGAAGAGCCAAAACCGAGGCCUUGAAGGAUUUGUUACUCAACCCACGUCCCCAGAGGCCCUCGUAUGUGUCAAAAUCAUCCUCUAGUCAAACCAACGGUGUCAACGAGCAGCCUACCCCCAUUGGCAAUGUGCCUCAUGUUGCGACUGCACUCAGGACAGCCUCUGGCCCGUCAGCAGCUCUUUAUAGCAACGUGAUGCCCGGGCAGAAUCAAUCAACGGACGGGAACGGAUGGCAAUCGUCAUUUUCCAAUUCAUACACUAUCAACUCUCAGCCCUCACAGGGUCAAACCUCGACCUCCAAGAAAGGAGCUCUUUCAUCAAUCCCAGGGAACAUGGGAAACGUCUCAGGAGUAACAUCUUCUUCUCCAGUGUACGCUCAGACUAAAUUCGCCAUCAAUCCUAUUCAGAGUCCAAAUUAUCCGCCAGUUUACCAGUCACCUACGUCGCGAGUCUCAAACACGUCCACCAAACCUCUGGACACGAAAAAAUGGAAGACGAUCUGCGGAGAAUUCUGA